CUGCGCCAGACUCCCAAUUUCCUUUUACCUGCCCGUCGCUCUUCCUUUGCCCUUCCCGGUAUCAGGUGUCAGGCGUCGUCGCGUCAACUUUCGAUUCUCCAACCCGCACGAAACAUCCUCGUUCUUCCACCGUUCACUACUAUCCCCUUCUUACUUUCCUUGAACACAAAGACAUAGCCGCCGCACCUAGGUAUUCAGCAUUCCUACCUGCUCCAUCCUCUUUCGUACAUAUUUACCAACACCUUUCACCAAACCCCCUGCGCUCCCUUGCAUCUUCAGGAACCCACGUCGCGCCCUGCUUUCUUUUUCCACCAGCAUCCCGCAGCUACCUUACCAUAACGAAAGACAACGCUCUUCUCCGACGGAACAACUUCGCCUGGGUUUGGCUUCUUUCCCUCGUCGCGACACUCAGGCAUCUUGGACAAGAGCGAGAGAGUGAGACAUAAGCCAGGAAGCCGAAGGAACUGUAGGCGUCCUUGAUUAUGACGACUGUCAACAAACACCACCGAUGAUCCCCGAUAUGGCCAUCCUCAACAUCGCAGACGUCUUCUUCCCAGGCUCAUAGAAGCAAGCCAUGCCUGCUUGCUCGACAAACCGAACGCUUAUUUUAUCCCUGAAAUCAACCAACCCAACACCAUGACCGAUCCUCCUCCACCCUUCACGCCCGGCACGGGUCAGCACCUGCACCCAUCCAGGCGCCAGUACCUCCGCUCUGACGAGCACUCGCCCACCCGUACCCGAAUCACCGACGAUCUGCUGGGCCGCCUGACGCCCAUGACCGCCGUUGAAAUGCUUCAAACGCCCAGCGCCGAGCUAAAGCACUGCCUCGACAACUCUACUGUUGGUGAACAGGAAUUCGCCAUGCGCGCCGCCGUGGCCAACCGCAAGAUAUAUGAGUGGCUCGAAGAGCUCUCCAACUGGCCCUGGCCAACCACCGGUGGCUGUAUCGGCUUCGAAAUGCCGGACGCUAAGACAAGGAGAAUAGAUGACGCGGGAGUCUCUGAUAGAGCGUACCUGGGGUGUCUGCCGGCUAAAGACGUGGCUCGGUACGAGCAGCGAGUGCACGGUAUUUCUCACGACAUGGACGAGCUGCACAUUGAAGACAUAAAGACUCAUGUCAUGCACACACACAUCAUUCCGCUUUCGCGGCCCGGGACACCCAUAUUGGGUUCGCGGUCUGCUGCGACGACGGUACUCUCUUACAAUCGGAUGGAUGAUUUGACGGCUCUUCUCACUGCCGUCAUCAUCCAAGCACUGCCGAAUCUAUCCAAGCUGUGUCGGCUGCUGAAAGUCUGGCAGAUUCGGCUUUCUAUUCUUCAUCGGAUACCUGGCUUAUUGGCCGGUAUCGCAGAGACCGAGUUCGCACUUGAUUCUGCGUGGAAAGUGCUUUCGUCUCCGACAGAGACGCCAGUUAACGACGCGCCCGAAAACCAAGCGGACGACAACCUCUCCCGUCUCAAACAUGCUUUCGUUGUGGUCAAAGGCGUGCUGGAAAAGCAGAUUGCCAAAUCCGGCCGCAGUCUUGACUUUAUGCUCGACAGCCUGGAGGGGCUGCAAGACACGCUGCCCGACCACUGGCUUGAUCGCAUGGAGGCCGUUGAGCGGAACUACGCCGAAUGGGUAGCUUGUGGCGAACAAAAGAUGCGACAAGGAGAGUGGCGCGAAAGGGCUAUCGCCGAAGUCAGGCCUGAACCGACUGUGACCUUGGCUCUGCCAGUUGUCCAAGACGAUCCAAAGACUGUAGCCUUGCCAGUGGCAAUCGCCGUUGAUCCCCCGCAAGAGGAGACACAGCAGACCAGCCUCUCUGACAACUCUGGCGAGGCCACUCCAGAUCAUUCUGUCGGCACAGACGAGGGCGACACAAUCGAGCUGUCCCCAAAACAGCUGUCCACCAGCAGUCUCGAUGGCUCCAGCGAGGUGCCAAAGCCCAAGCGAACCCCGUUAGCUGAGGUACGAAACAACAGCGCAAAGAAGACUGGCCUAUCCCAGGGCAACAAAGAAUCCGUCGUGUCGAAGCUUAGGGCAAUUUUCGAAAACAACGCGAAAUCUGAGCCCUCGCCCCCCGCUGAUGACGUGGAGAAUCUGCCUGACACAUUAGAAUCCGAGGACGAGAUCCAGCUCCCUCCUUUGAUCCGUCCGGGCCGGCGCGGUAGUGACGCCUCGGAGUCGUCAACAGUCGUCAACGGCCACACAAGCCUGUUAGUAGACGCCUCUAGUGAUAUGCCUGAGGUCUCAGCAUCCCCGCCCCUGCCACGCCAGAAGCGUGCCGAAGCCCCAGAACGAAAGUCCGCUGUCGACCGCUUCAUGAGUAUUAGUCCUCCCAGCUCACCCCCGUUCCGACACAGCUUCAGAGACCAUAGCGUGAGUCCGAUGAUGAGGCCCCAGGACGAGGGUCUGCUGCCGGCGCUGCCCUUGGAGUCAGCCUAUAUCGAAGAGGAUUAUGAUCACUCAUUUAUCAGUGUGGGGACACCGAGAGAGUCCAACGCAUCCGACGACCACCUUCGGCAGCAAAUCAGCGACAUCCUAGAGUCCAUCCCAGCCAACAUCAAGUUGGCCAGGGCCACGCCCAAGGUCGACCUGAACCCCCCGCCGCCGGACCUGCCCGCGAAGCGGCUCAAGAAGCCUUCGCGGGAGGCUAUCCGACGCACGGGGUCCAGCAUGUCCAUGGCGUCUCGAGCAUCCUCACGCGCGCCCACGCCGUGGUUGACCCUCGCUCCGGCUUAUGCCAAGAACCCCAGACCAAGGCGUCCCCAGAGCAGGAAUGACAUCAGGGUCUACCACCUAUCCCGCUCCACUGGCGAAGCUCCCAUCAAACUUUCCAUCCGCUGUGUCGGCGAGCACGGUGAGCGGGUCAUGGUGCGCGUCGGUGGCGGAUGGGCCGAUCUUGGCGAAUAUCUCAAGGAGUACGCCACUCAUCACGGUCGUCGCUCUGCCGGCCCGUUGGAGACGGCCAAGGUCGAAGUGCAGGACUUGCCGCGCGCUAGCAGCCGCGCCGCCGCAAACUCGAGCCCUCCAAGCCGACCGGCGUCGGCCCUAGAGAUGUCCCCGAUGACGCCGCUUAACGUCCGAAAGUCUAGGAAGUCUUUCGGCUCAGGCGACGUCUCAGGUCCGUCGGUGCCAAGACUUCUGCCCAACACGCCGGCGGUCCCGCCGAUCCCGGACAAGUUUACACCGUCCUCAGAGGAUUCCAAUCGGUCGCGGUCCAGCUCUCACAUCAGCUGGGAGGAAGAGGAGAGCUCGUUUCUCGGGCUGGCCGGCCCAACGGGCCGCAAGGUGGAGAUGAGUGAAGAAAGCCGGGCGUGGGUGGAGAGCGUCAAGGAGAAGGUGCGUCUCGCUAGCGGCGAGGCGCGCAGGGCCUCCGAGUUUGGGGACAUGGGCAAGGUCGGGGGCACAAAGCGACUUUUCCGGAAGGGUUGAAAACAAUGGACUGGCGUAAAACGAUGCUUGAGGCGUAAUCGGUAGGGCGCAUUUUUAUGGGCGUGGGAAUGCCUGCUCGGACGAGACCAUUCUACAUGAUGGACGGAUACGUUUUGGGCAAGCUGCUUUACGCAAUGCAUGGAGUUGGGAGCGUGUCUUUCACUCUCACGAGGCGAAGCAUACCAUGAGAGACCAUUUGGUUAUAUCACCAGGGCUUUGGGAGCUUCAUCACAACGGCAGAGCAUGGCCUGUUUUCACAUUUCUUUGUCUCGACCACUUCGCAUGGUCCCCACCAGUUAUUUUCUUGCUGUCCUCCUCUUAUUACGAAUACCCCUUUUCUUUCUUUUUCUACCUUUUUCUCGAUGCAUUGCUCGAGCUAGAGCUAAGUAGUUGAAAUCAAACAAAAGUUCGCAGCUAGCCAGCAACAUGCAGUGACGUCGUCCUAGGCUGGAAGUCACAGGUGUAGUCAAACAGCCGCAUGGGAGGGGGCAAAGCUUUAUCCUCCCCUAGUUUAGGCAGACGAGGAACA